GCACCUUCACCCCGAGCCUCUCCUUCCAAGGCCUGGUGGGUGUCCGGCCCUUACGCCUCCAGACCAGAGACACCAUGCAGCUCCUGACACCACAGACCAGCAGCUCAGGGAGAGGACUGGUGAGAAACUGCUGCAGCUGAGGAGGGAAGGUAUGUAGGGAGGUAGGGAAGCUGAGUGAGUCUCCGAGGCUGUGUCUGGUGUGUGACGAGCAGGUGGAGCAACACGCAGCCUUACGGAAGGUUAAGUGCACUACACACUAAGGUGUUUUUUCAUUUACAGACAAAACAUAAUGAAGACAGUCUAACUACUCUGAUGUACCCGAGGCAGCUCUUGGUACCAAGAAGACCAAGUUUCCCUCACAUAUAUAAUUAUAUCUACUUGGACCGAAUUUCUUGUCCACACCAAACCCACUGAGGCAGCACAUGGCAUCUUUUUACCAGAGCUUUUACCUCAAAAAGACUCAGAGUUUCCCUCACACAUACCAUUUAUAGAGGACUUCAUGGUGCAAUGGUUAACACACGCGGCUCACAACCGAGAGAGCCCGGGUUCGAUUCCUGGGUGGAGUGGAAAAAUUUGGGUGGCUUUUCCAUUACCCUAUGCCCCUGUCCAGCCAGCAGUGAAUGGGUACCAGGUAUUAAUCGGGGGUUGUGUCCCGUCUCCUGGGAUCUGUUCCCUUCUAUAAUUCCUUCCCCUUCUGUCUCUCUCCAGCAUAUGACCACAGAUGUUGUGCCGACUAAACUUAACUUUCCAACUUUCUGCAUACCAUUUAUUUAUUGUCACCCAAUUCCUUGUUACAUAUGUCACCCAUUCAGGCAGCUUUAAUACUCCUUACCAGAGCUAGAAGACAAAGCUUUCCUCACUUAUCUAACCAACACUUAACCACCAUAACUUUGACCACACAUAACCCCUUGAGGCAGCUUUCUACCUUCGUACUAGAGCAACCUUUUUUACCAAACAAGUUUCCCUCACACCACAACACACAGAGGUACACACUAAUUCACCCUCUUUCCCCCUCUCCCCCCCACACACAGGGAACAUCCAGAGCGGCCAGAGCGCAUCCAGCGGGUGUGGGAGAUGCUGGGGCGUGCCGGGGUGCUGGGGCGAGGCCAGCGGCUGCAGCCUCGGUGGCCCAGGGGGAGGAGGUGGAGCUCACACACAGCCAGGAACACAUGGCCUUCAUGUUCAGCCUCCAGGCCCAGGGGGAGGAGGUGGAGCUCCCACACAGCCAGGAACACGUGGCCUUCAUGUUCAGCCUCCAGGCCCAGGGGGAGGAGGUGGAGCUCCCACACAGCCAGGAACACGUGGCCUUCAUGUUCAGCCUCCAGGCCCAAGGGGAGGAGGAACUGCAGACCAUUCAGGAGAACUACAAGUCUGUCUACCUCCACCCCGCCACCAACGCCUGUGGCCUGCUCUCGGCCUGCUCACUGCUGCGGGUCGUGGACGAGGUGUUUGCAGGCUGAGCCAGGGCCGGUGUGGGCAUCAUCCGUCCCCCGGCCACCACGCCGAGCCAGACCGCCCCCACGGCCUCUGCUUCUACAACAACGUGGCCGUCGCCGCCAACAGGCUGGGAUGCC